AUGGCCACCGGCGUGGAAGUAGCUGGCAUUGUGCUCGGGUCCAUUCCAUUGAUCAUCUCGGCGCUGGAACACUACGCAGAAGGCGUCGGGACCAUUGAGAAGUGGUGGAGAUACAAGCGGGAACUUGCAAGUCUAAAGAGGAUCCUCGGUGCCGAAUGUGACAGGUUUCUGAAUACGCUCGAGGAAUUGUUGGCGGGUCUGGUGCCGGAUGGGAGACUGGCAGACUUGUUGAAUUCGCCUGGCGGUGCUGGAUGGGCAGAUCCAGACUUGAAUCAAAAGCUUCAGGUCCGAUUACGCAAAUCCUACAAUUCGUAUCUAGACACCGUGAAUGAUCUUAACGACGUUGUCUCGAUUCUGAAGGCGAAGCUCGAGCUCGACCCGAGUGGAAAACCAAAAUGGACCGACUCAAAAACCUUUCGUCGCGAAUACAAACGUAUAAAAUUCAGCCUUUCGAAAGCUUCAUAUGAGGAAUUGAUGAAAAGGAUAGAGAAGGACAAUGAUACGUUGGCGAAUUUAACGGGCCAGAGCCUUAGACUGGAACCAACGAGACUAAAACGGAACAAUCCCACACCAGAGUUCGAGCGUAUUCGGUCGCAGGCAGAAAGCUUAUAUCGAGUACUCAAGAAAAACCUGUGUUGCUCCUGUCAAAUUCCACAUAAUGCAAGCCUACGCCUUGAGUCGAGGACCUCCCAGGACGCUGGAACGGGGACAAAGCUACGCUUUAAGAUGGUGUUCAGUCUUGAUAUAAGUUAUCCUGUUGGAAAAUCGAUAACUUGGAAACGAAGGGAGACAGAAAUAGAGUCUUUGGAGAUCCGACAAGAAACAGACACCAUCACCAAAGUAGUUUCGAUGGACUCGCCAUACCCAAGUCCAAAAUCACCAAGUUUAGUUAAAAAGGGGGUGACAUGGGCACCCCAUCCGGUUACAUUGGAACCGCCACCAUAUAGUACAACGAAGCUGACGGAAAUACAUGAUCUAUGCUCAGUAUUUGGAGACUAUAAAGGGACGGAAACAUGUCUUGGAUUCAUUCUAGAUGAAAAGCAUAUGCGUCAUCACAUCUACCCAGUGAUGCAUAGCCCUCCCCAGCAAGAACCACCGACCGCCACAACCCUCUACAAACGCCUCACCAAUCCCCAUAGCCCGAAGACAAAACUCACCCGCAAAGAACGUCUUCAACUGGCCCUAACCCUCGCAGCAAGCGUCCUACAACUCCAUAAAACCCCUUGGUUAAGUGAACGCUGGUCAACAGACGACAUCCACUUCCUCGAAGGCAGCACAGGACCUCAUGUCUCCCGGAGCUUCCAAGCCACUCCCCCUCCCACGGAUCCUCCCAACCCCCCAAAACCCCUCCCCAUCGUCCGCAAUCAGACAAUAUUCGCACUUGGCGUAAUCCUAAUCGAGCUCUGUCUCGGCACAUCUCUUGCCUCCCUUCGCACGGAAGAGGAUAUCAGUCCCGACGAGCAGCUGACUGAUUACAUGACGGCGCGCCGGCUCGUUAGUGAGGUGUAUGAUGAGAGCGGUGGACGCUAUGGGGACGCUGUGAGGCGGUGCGUACACUGCGAGUUUGAUCAAAGGAAGGCGAGUCUGGACGUAGAAGAAUUUAGGACAAGCUUUUUCCAAGGCGUCGUGGUACCGUUGGAAGAGGAUUGGUUGGAUUUUGGCAGUAUACAUGCUAUGUAA